CCUACACCGUUGAUAUGCAUUAAUUGCAGCUUGAGCGGCGUGAUUACUUGGGUAUAGUGACUAAAAUAAGUGAUGAUAAAACCGAAAAACCACUGUACAGUUUUUGUUACGUCUACGACGGUUUUUCCGUAUUGUGACGGCUGAGACUGACUAGACUUCGAGGCAUUUCAAUAUUGGCAUUCAUUCAAAUUUUAUGUUUACUAUCAAUGCGAUUAAAAAUACAUUCGGGUUAGUCCUCCGAGUGAAAUGAGGCGUGGAAGCUGUCGCAUUAAUAAUGAAAAUUCAAACUCGAAUCCCAGGUAACCAUGCUGCUCAAGCCGUUCCCACUUCAAAUUGCACCUAUCUUUCUGUACACCGUUUAUAUGCAUAAUUUGCAACUUGAGCAGCAUGGUUACUUGGGAAUGCAUAUACCAUGAGAAGGUAUCAUACAAAAGCAGAUCUAUCUCGUCGUAUCACGUCGUAUCGCUUGAAGAAUAAAACCCGAUUGGCUCGAUUUUCGAACAGCUGAUCGCGAGGAUGUUUCCUAAUGUGAACUGUUUCAGUUUACCAGCGUAUUUUAUCAGAGAAGCAUGGCUAACAACAGAAGGAGAAGUGCUUUGAAAAAAGUGUUCAAGUCGAAAGAUUGCAUAAGAUUUAAGAACUGCCUUCGCAACUAUCCUACAGCAACAACAAGCUAUUUUUUUGUAUUGCCCAUUCAUGAUAAGAAUAAGUACUACAAGCAAUGCAAUCGACAACUGAAUUGUGAGUGGAGCCGUAAAAGGAAACGAGAGCUUAAAAAGCUGGAAGCCGUUAAGCCAUUGCCUUCGUAUGUAAUACUAGAGAGUGCGUACUCAGACAGAGUUCAAGUGAUUGCAUACUGCUCGCUAUCAAAGAUUCCAUCGUGCGCCAAAAGAGACAAAGCUACUACUACUAUUAUUUCUACAACCAGGAUGAAGAUGAUGAUACAUACUUUCAGCAAAGAAGUGAACAACCCCGAAAAAUGUAUGAUGGUCCACCGCCUCCGACCUCUGAUGAACCUUAUGUAGUUGCUCCUAUCCAUCAUCAUCCGGAAUUGAAAGAACAAUGCGUUCGUUUAAUAAAUUCAGAAUGGCCACGAUCGCGUAUGGCACGCUUCUGGAGCUUUGAAUCAUCUACGGAUACUCUCCCUAUUACUUUGGUUCUAUCACAGCUUAUUAAUGGAGAGAACAUCGUACUCGGUCAUGCAAAACUAUCACCUGUUCCAGCCGAUCUAGAUGCCGCUUAUCUAGAAUCGGUAGUAGUAGACUACCGGUAUCGUGGACGAGGCAUUGGAACAUAUUUAGUAACAGAGGCUGAACUUUACUGCAGAAGAAUACUCAACAUAAACAACGUAUACUUGGCAACCGAUGGUCAAGAAGUAUUUUACGCCAAGUUAGGAUAUAUUUUCUGUAAGGCAAUUAAUAUUUUUGGAACCAACACUACUAGAAACACAUCAAGCAAAAAGCAUUGGAUGAAAAAAGUGUUAUCAGAUUGGGAUGUAGAAGGAUCGGAUGAGACGCAGAACAAUAUCGCCGAAAACCCAGAAAAUCCAGACGAUGCUAUCGAAAGUGCAACUAAAGUGGACCGUCCCAUACUGGAUAUCAAUCAUAUGAUUCGUAAAAUUAGGAAUAUUGUUUAUAACUAUAAGAAGGAAGAUACGAUUUGUGAUUUAUUGCUAGCUAUGCAUUCUAUUUAAUGUUCAAUAAACGAUUCAAUGUGUAACACACUA